AUGCCGACGCCCAGUCAGAUCAGCAACGCGACCACCGUUUCUCUGGAUCCGUUGGAAUUCGACGAACAAGAUGCCCGUUACAUGGUGUUCCGAUGUGUCCAUUGUCAGCACGCGAUCAUAAUCUGUGCGACUUGUGGAAUCACCGUGGUCUUGGGCGUGUUCUCCGUCUGCAUCACGUUGUUCAAGUUUGCUAGUGACAGCCUGGUUGAGGUCACCGCCCUAACCGGGCUUACCGUAUUCCUAUUCUCCGGUCUUAUCGCUCAUGCCGCCGCUUAUUUCGCCGUCAAAAAACAAAGCGUAAGUCCUUAAAAUAGACUGCUCUAUCUUCAAAAUUCAGGCAUCAUAUCUCCAACCCUAUCUAGUGCUACAUGUAUUUUUUAUCAUCGUGAUGAAAAUAUCGACGACAGCGACAGAUUUGCGAGAAAAGUACUCGAAUUUGUGCCUUUAUGUAUCAUAUGGAGCAGUGGGAUGAUCUCUGUUGGAGUGAAGUACAAACAGUACUUGGUUAACAGACUCAACUCGGCUUAUGGAAUUGGAACGGUAAGGGAAUUUUUGAUUUUUUGCUUUCUUUUUUGUGUAAUCUUCAAAUCGGAUUGCGCAAUUUUUUGUCAAAUCUUGCGUACAUCUUCUUGAUAGCAAAAAUAGAUCUUGACAUUGAAACAUAAUCUUUUUUUAACUUUAUUUUAGCAGCAAAAAUGGAACUUUUCGCUAAUUUUUCGUAUCAUCCUCUAUAUUUUUCAGACUGUAACGCCCAUUGUGAUCCACCGACCUCAGACCCCUCAGGACUGUCAAAACAAACCAAAUGAUUGCGCUUCUCUUCCUUAA